CGUAACUAAGGCAACAAUCAGUUCAUCACAUAAGAACCUUCAACUGCAAACUCGCCGCAGCAAAUCUUUUUGUUUGGGACCUAGUUGUGCGUUCCAGGGAUGGAAGCAGCGCCUCUCGAUCCCGGAAGUGCAAACUCCAGACCCGGUGACGUCACACGUGCGACUGGCGCCCCGAAUAGUCGCGGAGAGUGGAAGGAACCAUGCCGCCAAAGGGGAAGGGAGGAAAGGGAGCUAAAGGUGGAGCAGCCAGCGGGGAAGCAGCUGAUAAGAAAGCACAAACGCCCAAAGGGGGAAAUGCUGUCAAGGUGAGACACAUUCUCUGUGAGAAACAUGGCAAGGUAAUGGAGGCAAUGGAGAAGCUAAAGUCUGGCGUGCGCUUCAGUGAGGUGGCAACACAGUACAGCGAGGACAAGGCUAGGCAAGGGGGGGAUCUGGGCUGGAUGACAAGGGGCUCCAUGGUGGGACCUUUCCAAGAUGCUGCUUUUGCCCUUCCAGUCAGCACAAUGGACAAACCUGUUUACACUGAUCCUCCUGUGAAGACAAAGUUUGGAUAUCAUAUCAUUAUGGUGGAAGGAAGAAAAUAAGCAAACCAAGCAGGACAGUGUCCCUCACUGCCAAUUACCUACUACAGCAAAUUGUGUAGGGGGUAAAUUCAAUAUGAUAUUCUUGUACUUUUUGUAGCAUUUCUUGCACUGAUAGCAAGGAAAGAUGACCCACAACUCUCCAGUUGGUGUUAAAAUACGACUCCCAACAUCUACCCAGAUGGCAAGGGAUACAGAGGAGGUAUAAUAUCCCCCAAAAGAAUGGUGGUCUGAUUUAGCCACUUCUGUGUAUAACAGAAAAUGUCUAAAAACCGCCCACAGGCCAGAUACUAUGAGUGGCCAUUCACAGUUUACUUUUCAUUUGUUUCAUUCUUGUGGUCCCAGUGCCCAAGUGACUUUAACUGCAAAAAGUGAAGAUACGCUGCAGUUCCUCAUCUCUUCCUCACCUACUGAUGCACCAGGCACUGACAGAUAUAGUACAUCAGCAAAUUACAUUUUCCAGUAUGUCCAAUUGACAAACUGACUAAUAUCCAUGUUACAGAGAUAUUAGUUGGAAUUAUCCCCCCCCCCCAACAUUCACAAAAACACUUUGUACGAUUCUAUCGGUAUAUAUAGGAUUAAUUUAUGGCUGUGAACCCACUUACUGUAAUUUGCUACUACAAUAAAACCCCAUUCUUUGGUUAUAGUCCAGAUGUUAUUUUUGGAUUCCUGUUAAGGAACCUCCUCCGCACCAACUCAUUGAUUAUGGAAUAUUUUUCGGUUUCUGUUCAUUUAUUAUUUGUGAUCCUCCCAGUCAGGUAAAUAAAUGUCUAAAAUAUGUUUUUUACAUACCCAUAUAAAUGUCAUAUUUGCACUUUCUACUGUCACAUAUUUGAAGAAGAGGAAUGUGCCAAAGAAACUGCUCAAGAUGGAUCAUUUAUGCAUUCAGACAAGCUAUAGAAGGAUUCUGAGAGGCACCUUCCCUGAAGUAAAUGGCUAAACAGCAAAUUAUUCUAGCAGUAAGUUUCCCCCAAGCAGGUAGCAACAUGAGCUUAUAACACUAGUAGGUUUGCUAUACAACUUAUUUUACUUUCCUUUAUUACACAGACAGUAAAAAAAUCAGUGUCUAUUCAUUGAUUUAUUUUGUGCACAGGAAACACAUGGUGCCAAUGUAGUUUACAGCUGUAGAAGGUAUUUAUUAAACCAUAAAUAGUAUUUUCCGCAUACACAAUUGAAAAUAUCAGCAGUUCUGUUAUAGCCAAGAGGCACUUUAGUAGGGGUAGCAGAUUAUUUUUAUUCCAAUUGCUCUAAUCCAGAAAUGCCAAAUGCUGAUUGGUUAAGAGACUGGGAAAUUCAGCCCUGUUGCUUUGCUACCCAAAGUUUCUGGGUAUACAUGUAUGGGAUCCCUAUCCGGAAACCAGUUGUCCAGAAAGUUCCGAAUUACAGAAAGGCCAUCUCCCACAGACUCCAUUAUAAGCAAAUAAUUCUGAUUUUUAAAAAUGGUUUCCUUUUUCUCUGUAAUAAUAAAACAGUACCUUGUACUUGGUCCCAACUAAGAUAUAAUUACCCCUUAUUGGAGGCAAAACAAGCCUAUUGAGUUUAUUCAAUAUUUAAAUCAUUUUUAGCAGACUUACAGUAAGUUAUGGAGAUCCAAAUUAUGAAAAAAUCAUUUAUCCAGAAUAUCCUGGUCCCAAGCAUUCUGGAUAACAGGUCCCAUACCUGUACAUAAAAGCAGCAUAUGAGUAAAGAAAUUAUAAUUAAUUUGGGUUAAAGGAGAGAAAAAAAGGCAAAAGUUUAUUGGGUACAACCUCUCCAAAUGAACCCCAGUGUGUACACACACUUUUUUUAAACAAUAAUUACACAUACCUAUACUAACUUUAGAUCUCAAGAUAACUAUAGCCUCCCUUGGCAGAUUUAAAUUGUUUUGGUUAGACUUUGGUUAGACUUUGCUACACAUGCACAAGUAAGGCUGCACAAGGCAUGUAUGGAAAAUGUAAGAUGGAGGACAUAUUUUUUAAAAAAUAAAAAAAGAGGUGUGAUUGCAUUAUGCUUCUCAAAAUAUAGAAAUGUGUAGUUUUGUUCUGAUUUAUUAAAAUAUCCCUAAAAACUA